AUGGCCCCUCCGUUUCUGCUCCUUCUUCUACUCGUCGUAUCCGGAGGCGCUGCCGCCGCCGGCGCCGACGAGGCCGGGCUGCCCCGACUCGAGUUCCGAGGCGUCGUCGACUCGGGCCGCGGGAACGCGUCCGUCGCGCCGGAGGAGCUGCCGUUCAUGGACGUCAUCUCCGCGGACGGCGCCUGCGGGCGCUUCGCCCGCCUCGUCGCCGAGAUGGGGAACUUGGGCGAGGUCUUCCGGGAGCGCCUCGUGGACGGCGGCGGUCUCACGGUGUUCUGCCCCGAGGACAAGGCCCUCGCCGAGUUCGAGCCAACGUUCCGGAGCCUCGGCCCCGACGACCGGCUCGCCGUGCUGCUGUACCACGGCGCGGCGGCAUGCUACGGAAGGAAGCUGAUCCAUGCGUUCGACUGGGUGGCGGUGAGCACGCUAGCCGUCGACGCGGCCACCAACAAGGGCAUCGCCGUCACCCUCAGCGACGACGGGGACACGUUCCAGCUGUGGCCGUCGCCGCCGUCAUGGGAGGGCGCUGCCUGGGUGACCGAGACGGUGUCCGAUGAGCCCCCAUUUGCAGUGUACGUCAUCGACGCCGUGCUGCUGCCGAGCCACGUGCGACGACUGCUGGUGCUGGAUGGGGGCGACGAGGUGGCUGGUCUCGGCUGGUUGGACUACCGCAUGCCGCUCUGGGUAACCCUGCAGUCCUGCUACUCGUGGCCGUGGCCAACAUGGCGAACAUGGCGGACAGCUUGAUCGGAUUUCUUGUCACCGCCUCAACUGAGGGCGCAUGAUACACUGAACAAAACAAGAAGAAGAGGAAGGCCGCUGUGUUAGAGUUUAAUCUAUCUUCUUAGGUUUAACGCAAAGUCAUUAAUUAGUGUACAAUUAUGGGUGCGUGUAUGGAGUGUUGGUACUCUCGGUAGUACUCCUACACGUUAUGUUUAGCUCAUCGUGUUGGUGCAAUGCUUCGUAUAUGUAUGUCGCCCCUCGCCAGUCGCCACUAGUUUGGAAUGUA